AUGUCACGUCUGCCGUACAUCCGGCUGAUCCCGAAAGUGACGGCGGUGGCGGGCGAGACCCUGCACCUAAAGUGCCCGGUGGCCGGCUACCCGAUCGAGGAGAUACGCUGGGAGAGAGCCGGCCGCGAGCUACCCGAGGACCUGCGCCAAAAGGUCCUGUCCGACGGCACCCUCAUCGUCACGAGCGUGUCGAAGAUUGCCGACAGCGGGGUGUACACGUGCUGGGCGAAAAACAAACAGGGCCACAGCGCCAGGCGCAGCGGUGACGUCGCCGUCAUCGUUCCUCCUAAAAUAAGUCCCUUCACGGCCGAUCAGGAGCUCCACCUGGCCGAGCGCACGACGCUCACGUGCUCGGUGACGCGGGGCGACCUGCCCCUGACGAUAUUCUGGCUGAAGGACGGGCGCACCCUGAGCUCGUCCGAUCGCGUGACCAUCACCAACGUCGACCAGUACAACAGCAUACUCAUGAUCGAGAGCUUGUCCCCGGAUCAUAACGCCAACUACUCGUGCUCGGCGGCCAACUUGGCGGGCCAGGUCUCCCACACGCAAAGGAUCGUGGUCCAUGGUAAUUCAGCAACACCGACAACAACACCGCUAGGCCCGCCACAAGUGUCUGCCCAACGAACUCGCCACCCGUGACUUUUCUUUUUUUCAUCCCCUCCCC